AUGAAAACAUUAACCUCUACUCACCGGACAACAGCGCCAGACAAACACAGCGAGUUUUCAAGCACUUGUCAAACAAGCGGUUCUACUAUAAAUGGAACGCUCCGUACGGUUGAAAUUCAUUUAGAACGCUUAACAGAAUCCAUUGGCGUGAAGCAUUCACCAUGUAUUUGGCUUUUAUCGUUCUUGUUUUUUCCGUAUUGGGUUCAGGACAUUGCAAUUCAAACUGAAGCAUGCAUUAAGACGUUGUAUGUCGAAGACACGGCCUUGAUCGAUGUAGCAGAGCACCAAAACUGUAUCCUGCAAAUAGAAACAGAUCAAAAUCAUGUUCUUAGAUUUUCUCUCGCGCAUAGUGAACAUUUUGAGCGUGCCCAAGAAUUUGUCUCCAUUUAUGACGGGAUUGAGGACGAGUCCCCCAUAAUUCGCCUAGAGAAUCAGAUACGCCACGAAGUUGGCCUUACGCACACAGAAUUACUAGAUUCCGUUUACACCACGAAAUCGGCAGCUCAUUUACGGUUGAAGAAGCCCACUUUAAGUCUGAAACUGAAAAUUGAAAAGGCUGUUAAUUGCCCGUUCAAUUUGGGAUCGGAAAGCCAAUGCGGCCGAGUAGUGGACGGUGUUGCCUGUUACUGUGCGACUUUUACCAAGAGAGGCCAGUCCAAUCACACGACUUAUUGCCGAGACAACGGCAUGAAAUUGCUGGCCAUUCAAGACCUCAACGAAGAGGAAAAAUUGUAUGCUGCUUGGGGUACCUUGGUUUACUUUUGGACUUCUGCUUCCCAUAACAAAACUUCUGGAACCUGGAGUUGGGAGGGCACAAUGGCAAACAUUUAUCCUGGCUACGCCAAUUGGGCUCCGUUUAAACCCAAUAAUACUCUAACUGAUGGAACUUGCAUGGCCAUAAAAAAUGGAUGGUAUGAUGACCCUUGUGUUAAUUUGUACGAUGCUAUCUGUGAAUUACAGCCAGAAGAUGUACCCAAUUCGACCACACCAUUUGGUACCCCAGAGCCCACUGAGCCUCCCACUGUGGCUGAUGUGUAAACUACAUAAACUGAGAUGUACUGUUUUGUUUUUGGUGGGACAUAAGAAAAUUAACCUGUACAAAUCCAAUGUCAUGAAAUCUGGAAAAAAAAACAAAAAAAAAAAACAUGCACCUUAUCAGAA